AUGUUCGAGUUAGUAGAGUUCAACUUGGAUUUCUCCGCCUUUCUCUCCUCCCUGCAACGGAUUCAAAAGGAGUGUUGCUUGACUCUGGAGAAUUUCAAGUAUUCAGAUGCAAGGAAAGAAUCAUUUCUGGAUCUGGAACAUGCACUCGACGAAAUUAUUGAUAGUACCUCAUCUUCCUGGUGGAAAGUUGUGAGUAAGUUUUCGAUUGUUCUGCUAUGGAAAGCCUGCUCUGAAGAUGAGCAUUUCAGGAAAUUGAGAGAGUCGUGCAACUUUAGGCAUUCUAUGCCAUCCAUCGUAGACCGAUUUCCAAAGUGGAAUUUUACAUUCUGCUUUGAGGUCCAUAAGAUGAUGUACUGGGAUCAUCACAUGAUCCAGUUCUUCAAAAGCUUGGGCCUCAACGAAAUGCUAAUCUCUCUACAAUGCUUCUUUGAGUAUCACUUCAGCCAAAUGAACUCCAAUGAAAAUAGCACCAACGAUAUUAUCAUCAACGACAUCAACAUUAACACUGAUGGCAAUGUGCCGAACAAAGAAAUGAGAGAUUUGGCCUUUUUUGUAUAUCUGUGUGAGGGACUACAGGUAGAAUUCUACAAAGCUGGGCUCAUCACCGUCAAUGAUAACAACAAUUACAACAGUUACAACAACUACAACAGUUACAACAAUUACAACAACAGUUGUAACAUUGAAACUAUUAAUAACAAUAACAUCAACAGUAUUGCAAACAAUGACAUUACUACUAGUGUCAUUAACAAUGGCUUCAGUCACAAUCAUUCUAAUCAGUCUAAGCUAGAUUUGAAGAUAAAAACUAAUUUUCGAGAAGUUUGUAGGCUGAUAUUAGAGCUGAAUAGGAAAUUUUUGAACCAGAUAAAAAAUGAGAAAAUAAAAUUUCGUCGUGAUCUUUAUGGCGACGACGACCGCCUAUUCCUAAUUACAGUUAUGAACAUUGGAAAUUUUUUAAAUUUCAUGGCCAAAAAUAACUCCUGUAUACUGGAUAAAGAUAGCAUCUUAUCAUUGAAAAACCCUUCCAACUUUAACAGUAACUAUGAUUCGCUCUUAAGGAGUGGCAUGUUUACUGAUAAAAAUAUAUGCUAUAGCUACAGACUCCUAACUACUGCUGUUGGCUUAGCCGAUGAAAAUAGUAACGAUAAUGACAACGACAACAGUGUCGAGACCGUAGACAAAUUAAUUUCCGAAUUAAUAGAAAUUAUAAUAGAUAACAAAAUAACUUUAUUUAAUUACAUCCAAAAGCUAGAAGACAGUCUGGUGUUGUUGCUAAGAGAUUCAUAUACAUUUGGCUAUAGCAUUGUGGAUAUCGAACUCGAUAGAUUAUCAUUCGUCAUUUCGAACUUGAAACCACAAACUAAAAAUAUUACUAUUAUUAAUCAGAGUAAUAACAACAACAACAAUAAUAAUGGUAGUAAUUGUAAUAGUUAUGAAGAGUUGGAUGAAAUAAUUGAUAAAAUUAACGGUUAUAAAAAGAAGAAAUACGCUUUGAUGACUGAGACUCCGUUUUAUGAUAUUGUAUCAUGUCUGGCGGUUUCAAGCAGGCCAGAUCUAGAUAUUGAUGGUUGA